UCCGGACACUUUUUUUUUUUAAUCAGUGGGUUCCCGCGCUGGCAAAGGGAACGCGUUCUCGAUUCUAAGGCACGUGUCACAUUAUUUGUUAUCGUUAGCGAUCUGUUUAUGUUACUAAAUACUUGGUAAUUUCUUGACGAUUUGAGGCACAAGAAGAACCUGUUUUAUGCACGUGAUGGCGACAGAAUGGAGUCGAAUGUGGGCCAGUGCAUCAUUCGUUGGUGUUCUGAUCAUUAUUGGAGUGCCUUUAUGGUGGAAGACGACCGAAGUUUUCAGAGUUGCACUGCCCUAUGAUAAGAUCAGCAGCUUCGACACGGAUUCACACUUCAUCACCACAGAGCUGGUGGUACUAGCGAAUGAUGAACGGACAGCGAGUGAUGUAGCUGCUCGUAUUGAGAAGGACUUUGAAAAGUGGGACGUAAUCAAACUGAAAAUCACCAAGCACGUACUGCCGGAAAAACUGCGCAGCACGCUCGACACAGUAGCAGAAGAAACAGAAGCUGUUGAAGAGAUCAGCACCAUAGUAGACCUGAAGAAGCAUAACACCUUCUAUGUGGUGCAGCGGACGCCGCUUUUCGAAGAGGUCUGGGUGGGGUCAGAGAGGGUGGCCUUCUUUAGGGAUGCUAGAGCGGCCAGUACGCUCAUAAAAGCACUAACCCAGUGGGUGUAUGAACCAAGUGCGUUGUACGGUGCCCGUUCGGAAGCCGGGGACCGUGCUCGCCAGGUUCGGUUCCCGGGGGGCAAGGGGUACCACGUGGUGCUGUCGGUCGUGCACCCGGAGCCGGGCAAGAUGGCCGUGGACUUCGAUGCCGCGGCGGCUGUGGAGGACUAUAUUGGUUCGUUCGUCGACGAAUUAAGUGAGCUGCAUAAUUUCACUCUCAAGUCGCAAUGGCUCUAUUUGCUGGAUUUCGACUUUCAACCAAAGAAGAUAAUGGACAACACGCCCCUCGGUUACCACCACGCUAUACGUCACGAUCGACUCCACCUUCUCAUGACGAGAUUAGAAGAAAGGGCGGCAACACAUGUGUCCGAUCUACCUGCCAUUAACUUGGCCCUGUACAUAGUGCCCUGUGAGAUCGCUCCCGUUGUCAUAUAUGAUGCUGAUAAUAAGAAAGUGAACGCCCCUGUGCAAGCGUUUAUGUCCCCGAAAUGGGGCGGUGUGGUGUUGGGUGCGCAGGAGUGCGGGGACAAACCGUUCGUCCCCAAUGUCCCGCUUGUUAUGGGGACGUUUCUGGCACAGUUGAGGAAUCUUAUCGGUAUCACUGAUAAGGAGGCAAUCGGCGGUGCGCACCUAGAGCCACUGCGCUCGGUGUCCCCCCGCGCGUGGGAGGUGUGCAGCCUGCUGCGCGUGCGCGCGCUCGAGCACGUCACCUCCGCGGAGAGGAGCCUGCGCUCGCUCGCCAAGCUGCUCGGUGAGAUAUCGAAUAUAGUGAUCAACGAAGAAGUGGGUGCAUCAAUAAACACGGCAGUUUAUAAUAUCGAACAUACGAAAAAGCAAAUGGCGGCCGGUGACCUGUCAGACGCGUACAAAAGCGCGCGAAACGCGUUCCUAGCGGCUGAGACGGCGUUCAUGGAGCCCAGUUUGUUGGCAUUGUUGUACUUCCCGGACGAUCAGAAGUACGCCAUCUACAUACCGCUGUUUCUGCCGAUCAUGUUCCCUGUCAUAUUGUCUUUGAAGAACUUAGUGCUGUGGUUCAGAGGAAAGUCCAUAAAGGAAAAGUCUGAAUAAAAUGUUAUGGGUAUUAAAUAAAUGUAGUUAAUAUUA